GGGCGGGGAGGGCGGCAGGAAGGCUUGGGCCCCGGCGCGUCCGUCCGCGCGAGACGAGGAUCACACGGCUGCGACAGGGGCGACCGGGCCAGGGGCCGCUGCACGCUAGGGCGGAGGCCGAGCCGGGGCCCCGCUGGGCCCCGCUGCGCCCCGGCGGCUCGCCGCGCCUACCCUGCUCUGCGCCGCGGGCUGGAGAUGAGUUCCCCGGGGUCCGGAUUUGUGAAAAUAUGCAUCAGUUUAAUACUGUCUUGGAAUUCAUGAGGUGGAAGCACAGGUCCAAGCUGUUUGGGGAGAAUUGGAAGCACAGUUUUAUCUAGCCGCGUCUGUGAGGAACUACAGUAAACCAGGAAUAGGAGGAAAGUAGCCAUUCUAAGACAACACAUACCGAGACAUGAAAUUUGUUACUUUGAAGUCCAUUUACAUACUCAGAUUAUCAGGAGUCAGGAGAAAGCAGUGAAGUUGGAGCCAUUGUCAAGUGAUCGCGGCCUCUUACAAGAAAAUCUGAUUGACUAAAGGUCAUUUAAAUUAGUGAAAUAACAGAAGCAGUUAUUAAAGGUGACUGUGCAGGAAACAUUAAAAAUUGAACAAUGACUCAGCUGUAUAUUUACAUCAGAUUAUUGGUUGCCUAUCUGUUCAUUCUGCUCAUCAUUUCUCAUGUUCAAGGGCAGAAUCUAGACAGUGUGCCCCAUGGUACAGAAAUGAAAUCAGACUCCAACCAGAAAAAGUCAGAAAAUGGAGUAACCUUAGCACCAGAGGAUACCUUGCCUUUUCUAAAGUGCUACUGCUCAGGACAUUGCCCAGAUGAUGCUAUUAAUAACACGUGCAUAACUAAUGGACAUUGCUUUGCCAUCAUAGAAGAAGAUGACCAGGGAGAAACCACGUUAGCUUCUGGGUGUAUGAAAUAUGAAGGAUCUGAUUUUCAGUGCAAGGAUUCGCCAAAAGCCCAGCUCAGACGGACAAUAGAAUGUUGUCGGACCAAUUUAUGUAACCAGUAUCUACAACCCACACUGCCGCCUCUCGUUAUAGGUCCAUUUUUUGAUGGCAGCAUUCGGUGGCUGGUUGUGCUCAUUUCAAUGGCCGUCUGCAUAAUUGCUAUGAUCAUCUUCUUCAGCUGCUUUUGUUACAAGCAUUAUUGCAAGAGCAUCUCAAACAGACGCCGUUAUAAUCGUGAUUUGGAACAGGAUGAAGCAUUUAUUCCAGUUGGAGAAUCGUUAAAAGACCUUAUUGACCAGUCACAAAGUUCUGGUAGUGGAUCUGGACUACCUUUGUUGGUUCAGCGAACGAUUGCCAAACAGAUUCAGAUGGUUCGGCAGGUUGGAAAAGGCCGAUACGGAGAAGUGUGGAUGGGUAAAUGGCGUGGUGAAAAAGUGGCAGUCAAAGUGUUUUUUACCACUGAGGAAGCUAGCUGGUUUCGAGAAACUGAGAUCUACCAAACUGUGCUUAUGCGCCAUGAAAAUAUACUUGGUUUUAUAGCAGCAGACAUCAAAGGCACAGGUUCCUGGACUCAGCUGUAUUUGAUUACUGAUUACCAUGAAAAUGGAUCUCUCUAUGACUUCCUGAAAUGUGCUACACUAGACACCAGAGCCCUGCUGAAGCUGGCAUAUUCAGCUGCCUGUGGCUUAUGCCAUCUCCACACAGAAAUUUAUGGCACCCAAGGAAAGCCUGCAAUUGCUCAUCGAGACCUAAAAAGCAAAAACAUUCUCAUCAAGAAAAAUGGAAGUUGUUGUAUUGCCGACCUGGGUCUUGCUGUUAAAUUCAACAGUGAUACAAAUGAAGUUGACGUGCCCUUGAAUACCAGGGUGGGUACCAAACGCUAUAUGGCUCCAGAGGUGUUAGAUGAAAGCCUGAAUAAAAACCAUUUCCAGCCGUACAUAAUGGCUGACAUCUAUAGCUUUGGCCUGAUCAUUUGGGAAAUGGCUCGUCGUUGUAUCACAGGAGGGAUCGUAGAGGAGUACCAGUUGCCAUAUUACAACAUGGUACCCAGUGAUCCUUCAUACGAAGAUAUGCGUGAGGUUGUGUGUGUCAAACGUUUGCGGCCAAUUGUGUCUAAUCGAUGGAACAGUGAUGAAUGCCUACGAGCAGUUUUGAAGCUAAUGUCAGAAUGCUGGGCCCACAAUCCAGCCUCUAGACUUACAGCGUUGAGAAUCAAGAAAACACUUGCCAAAAUGGUGGAAUCCCAGGAUGUAAAGAUUUGACAGUUACACAGUCAUGAAGAGAAAUUCUAGACUGGAACUGUUUGCCCCCAAGGAAUGGGGAGAAUAAGGAUGUUAACUUGGUUCUCAGACUCUUUCCUCACUACACCUUCACGGGCUGCUAACAUUAAACCUUUCAGUACUCUGUAGAAUACAAGUUGGGAACUUCUAAACACUUCAGUCUUUAUAUAUGGACAGCUUUAUUUUAAAUGUGGUUUUUGAUGCUUUUUCUUUUUAAUUUUUUUUUAUGAACUGCAUCAAGACUUUAAUUCUGGUUAAGUCUCCAGUCAAAGUCUGGGUACUGAACUGCCUGUUCAUGAAAUGGUGCUUUCUGUGAAAGCCUUGAGAAGAUAAAUGAAUUUAGCAGAGAUGGAGAAAUAAUAACUUUUGCCUCUACCUGAGAAAAAUGUAAUCUGUUUGUAUUCUACCUUUGUAAAACAGCCUAUAGAUUAUGAUCUGUUUGGGAUACCACUUAGUUUAUCCUAGUGUGUCAUGCCUUUAUAAUGGGGUGUGUGUGUGUGUGGCCACACAUGUACACACCAGGAUUAUGAAUGCACAGGAAGAGAUGGGUGGUUUUGUGCUUUAAAAAUGCAAUAUCUGACCAAGAUUGGCCAAUACUGUAAAAGCCGUUUACCUUACAAAUGAGAUCAGUUUCCCCGCCCACUUAAUUUUUUUAAUUAAAAGGUGAUCUAAAGGUCAAAAGAAGUUUAAAAUGUCUGUAAAUUUGGACUUUGUUUUCCUCACCACCAUUUUUUUUUUAAUAAUUAUUUUUACGUCAUGGAAAGCAUCCUGUCCAAAAUUGGAACUUCUGAUGCCAUGAACCUUCUAAAGAAAACACUUCUUAUUGAAGUGAAUUAAUGCAUCUGAUGGCAAUGUAAGUGCCUAUAACCAUAUUCUGUAUUCUUCAUUCUCAGUAACUUUGAAAGGGAAGUUAUUUAUAUUUUCUGUGUAAUGUGCUUUAUUUGCAAAGCUCCUGCUCCACCACAGUCGUACUCUUACCCUCAUAUUGUAGAAAACAGCUUAUGUGUACCUCAUGUCCCAUCCUUAAAAGACAAACUAAAGGAUCACCAGAAACAAAUGUCACAGAGUGAUACGUGAACUUCAGAGUGAAUGCAUUCGGUGUACUACGUCAAAGCCGAGACUUUGUUUUGUUAAGAUGUACUUGAGGCAAAAAUCUUUCAUUAAGAUAAUAUUUCAAUUUUCCUUCAUGAAAGGAACCACUAAUUAGAAAUUUAUAUGUUGAAACUUAUAUAAAUUUAUCAACAACUGUUAAAUACGUUUGAGACAUCUAAAUUAUUUGAAAUUUUUGGUUUUAUGAUUUCUGUUCCAUAACUUGCUAAGAAAAUGAAGAGUCGGGGGGGGAAAAUCAGUAUCUAUUCUGUAUCUAUAUGUAUACUUUAUAGAUGUUAUUCAAUAAAAUUCUACGUAUUUUGUAGAUGCCUUGUUAUCCCAAGAAAUAUUUCUUAUUAAAGUUAUUAUACUUCUGUCCUAUUCUGAAAAGGCUCAUGGGUGCAUCAAGUCAGUUUCCUUUGAAUGAAAAAUAAAAUAAAUGUGAUGAUACCACAACAUACUCCAAAAGCUUUAAAUUAAAGGGAGGAGAGUCAACAUUUGUCCGUCCAUUACAGAUAAAUUGGCUGGCAUUAAGGAUGAGACAUACAUUUGUCUCCAUGUCAAAUUUCAUAAAUUUGAAACUUGUUUGGAAAGAUUGAACAGUUUUGACUAUGUUUGAUUAAGUUAUGUUUAAUUAAAAUUUGAAGUGCUCAUCAUGAUAAGUAAGUUUGCAUGUUGAUAAUACCCAAUAACUUGUACUUUUAUAAUGUUUUUUCCCAUCUCUAUCCUGAGAAAUACAGUUAACAAAUUGCCUUGUGAUUUGAGAGCACUUAGGAGCUCUGAUUUGCUCUUAAGUUAACCUUGAUUUAUUUUUUACUUGAGAAACUAUAAAUCUUGAAAAUCAUUUAUCUUAGUAAACAAAAAAUAUGUAAGGAAAGCAAACUUUCCUCUUGGAAGUGUUAAAAUGGUAGAUGGAAGCAGAAGCUUAUAGAUAGUAUGCAAACUCGAGACUGCUGUAAAGAUUUUUUAAAAUUUACUUGAUUGAAUAAAAAUGAUUAAUCUGAUAAACUUGUUCAGUAGAAACAAUUUGUAGCAUACUGUGUUCUUUAAAAAACAAAUCCUGCCAUAUUUGGAAUCUUAAAAAGGUUCUGUGAUUCUUGUUUUUUCCUUCUCUGCACAUGUUAAGUUCAUCCAGUAGGUUAAUACUGAAAGCAUAAGGCAGGUCAGUAAGUAAGUGUAGCAUCACAGUUAGUCCUCUGUGAUGCCUGGAGGCCAUUUGCCCUUCUUAGGUUUUACAUUUCAGAAAAAAUAUAUGGCUCUGACAGUCAUCCCUUUAAAUAAUUAAAACAUAAAAACAAAACACCAAAACUACCUGAAUAUAAACAGCAAAAAACGAACCCUCAACAUUCUCCUUAUAAAUUCUCCUUAGACUAAAUAUCUCUAGAACUAAAAAGGCACACUAAAAUUGUCUCCUCCAUUUUGUUUAUUCUAAGCUUUUAUUGUGCUUUCUUACCAAUCAAGUUUCUGAAGUAUAAAUUUUGACUCUGACUUCUCUGGAAAUAAUUUCACAGAAGAUAUUUUAAUCAACAUUUUAUGUUGCCUUUCCAAUGUCCAGAAGUUUUUCUAAACCUUGAAACUGACCUAUAUAUUUUUUUAAUUAUGUUUUCUUAGAAUGUGUCAGAUUUUUAAUUUAUUCAUUCUAACAAAUAUUCAAUACCUUUUUUUUUAGAUGCUUUGUUUCUGUUUAGAACAAAAAUGCAAUUCAGUUUUUAAAGACUCAUGUAUCUCUGAAUUGGCCAGUGAUCAAAUUUGAAGUUGAAUUUAUUCCAGGACAAAUUUGAUAAAUUACUUGUGUUUCUUUCCAUAUAUGGAGUUUUGAAAUGUUUCUAAAUAUCUAAAAUACUUUUAACCAUAGAAACAUCAGUUGAUUUUUUUUAAGAUAUUGUUAUAGCCCUUGUAAUCUUUAAAAGUGGUGGUAUUUAUUAUUUACUUGGGUCAGAUAUUAAAAUAUCAGUAUAGUGGCUCGUUUUCUGGCCUCAUGUUAUGAAAGUCAUGGUGGAAACUCUACAGAGAGGUGAUGUUUUCUUAAAACCAGAUUAAAUCUAAGGUCAGCAUGAUGUGAAGCCUCGUGUAAUGAUCACCCCAUGAGGAAAAUACAGUGAAUACUGCUUUUGCAAAAGAUGAAAUAUAUUGUCAUCAUUUUAGCUUGUGCUCUGUACUAUGCUUUAAAUGGAAUUAUUUAAGCCCUUUUAGUGACUUUUGUCCUUGCCCAUUUAAAAAGUAAAUGUAAGUAUAUAUUAUAUAAAGUGGAAAUACCGUUAUAGCUUAAUUAGGGAAACUGUACAUAAACAAUGAAAGAAGGGUAAAAAUAAGCAGUUUUAUUAUGCAGUUGUAAAACACCGGAAAUAUAGAUUCAUCUUUGAUAUGAUAUGUAACACACUAAAUGUAUUUUGUACAGCAUCUGGUUUAAAAGGUGCCUUAUUAAGUUUACCAUUAAUUGUUUUGUUCUAUACACAGAUUGUGUCCAAUGUAUCAUUUUGAAGUAAAUAACCUUAUUUUAGUAUACCUUAGUGAUGUGUUUUGUGGUACUAUACUGGGAAAGUAUUGUGUAUAAGAAAUCACAAUGUAUGGUGAGAUUUUAUAACAAAUAAGUUAGUGCCACAUAUGUGUGUUCCUGAGAUUUGCACUUCAACUACAGGAAUCCAAGAUAGCACAGGGAAGGUAAGCGGCCACGUACUCCCUCCCCGUCUGUGUAGAUAGAGAAGUGAUAAACCUAUUAUAGUGAAGAUUCUCUUUGGUUUAAAAAAAAAAUUUUUUUUUCCUCCUGAUUUUAAAAAUGUGUAUUCAUUGCAGAAAUUUUGGAAAACAUAGGAAGGAAUAAAGAAGCAAAUAAAAAUCACUCAAAAUUCUAAAUCACUCAAAAUUCUAUCACCUAGACAUUGCCGCUAUUUAUUUACAUUUGAAUGUCUCUUUACAAUCUUUUUUUCUGCGUGUGUGUUUUUUUACAAUAGUAAGGUUAUAAAAUGGCGUUAAAUAUCUAUUGAAAGCAUAACUUUUAAAAAAUUGGUUGCAUGAUAUUCCACCAAGUAGAUAGAAUAGUUUAUUUCUGCAAUUCCCUACUGAAUAUUUGGAUUGUUUCCACUGUUUUGGAAAAUACAGCAAAUGUAUUGAGCAUUUUGUAUAUACAUCUGUGUAUUUUCUUAGGUUACAUCCCUAGAAAUGGAACCAAUGAAUUAAAAAAUACAGACUUUUAAAAGAUUUUUUGUUUAAAUGGGGGGGGGGAGUCUAAGGCUCUUGAUAAAUACUGCCAUACUGCUGCCCAGAAGUGUUUUUCAUUCACUCCUACCAGCAGUGUUUGAGAGUGCCCUUCUCACUUCCAGUUUCUGCUAGUAGAUGUUAGUGCUUAAAUUCCUUGUCCUACAACUGGCAUCUUUUACUUAGUAUAAUGUCAUCCAGUUAUCUGGCCUUAGCACUUGGCUGCUAACCUAAAGGUUGGUGGUUCAAACCCACCUAGCUGCCAGAGAAAGACCUGGCAAUCUGCUUCCAUAAAGAUUAUGGCCAAGAAAACCCUAUGGGGCAGCUCUACUCUGUCACAUGAAGUCGCUAAGAAUCAGAAUCAACUCAAUGUCGCCCAACAACAUGGUGUUUUUCCUGCAGCAAAUGCUUUUUU